GAAGGAGCAGCUUUCCACCUUCUUGUAAAGUUUGAUUCCUGGAGGCAGAUUUUUUUUUUUUUAAAUCCAGCAAGUGUCAGAUAAUUGGAAGGGUGGGGUAAGGCUGUAAACCACGACACACCUUUGUCAGGACUUGUUUGGAAGCACAGAGCUGAAAGAAACAAGGUGGAGAGAAGAAGUGAACAUUUUUGAAAGAUCACUCAGCUUUAACACACCUUGGCUGGGUCUGGAUAAAAAAAGUGGGCACUGCGAUUUCUAGAAGAAGGCGUCAGGGAAAGAGAGACGGGGGAUUUAUUGAAAGUUGUUUCCUUCAAAAUCCCAAGCCAGGUGGCUAUGGUAUGGAUGGAACCAAGAAAAACAAACGAGAUGGCACUGAAGUCACUGAAAGAAUUAUCACUGAAACAGUAACUACAAGACUUACGUCCUUACCACCAAAAGGGGGGACCAGCAAUGGCUAUGCUAAAACCGGCUCCCUUGGCGGAGGGAGCCGGAUGGAGAAACAAAGCCUGACUCAUGGCAGCAGUGGCUACAUCAACUCGAGUGGCAGCGUGCGCGGCAACGCGUCCACCUCCAGCUACCGGCGCGCUCACUCUCCCGCCUCCACGCUGCCCAACUCCCCCGGCUCCACCUUCGAGAGGAAGACUCACGUCACCCGCCAUGGGACGUAUGAAGGGAGCUCCAGUGGCAACUCUUCUCCGGAGUACCCUCGGAAGGAAUUUGCAUCUUCUGCAACCAGAGGACGGAGCCAAACACGAGAGAGUGAAAUUCGAGUUCGACUGCAGAGUUCGUCCCCAUCUACCCGAUGGACGGAGUUGGAUGAUGUUAAGCGUUUGCUCAAGGGGAGUAGAUCGGCGAGCGUGAGCCCCACGCGGAAUUCCUCCAACACACUCCCCAUCCCCAAGAAAGGCACGGUGGAGACCAAAACGGUGACAGCCAGCUCCCAGUCAGUGUCGGGCACCUACGAGGCAACGAUCCUGGACGCCAACCUUCCUUCCCACCUGUGGUCCUCCACCCUGCCCGUGGGGUCCUCCCUGGGGACCUAUCACAACAACAUGACGACCCAGAGCUCGUCCCUCCUCAACACCAACGCCUACUCGACAGGCUCAGUCUUCGGCGUUCCGAAUAACAUGGCGUCCUGCUCAUCCACCCUGCACCCUGGACUCAGCACCAGCUCCUCAGUAUUCGGCAUGCAGAACAAUCUGGCCCCCAGUUCACCUGCCCUGUCCCAUGGCACAGCCACCACUUCCACAGCAAUGGCAGCAGCAUAUGGUGUGAAGAAAAACGUGCCCCAGAGCCCUGCUGCUGUGAACACCGGCGUGUCCACAUCUGCCGCCUGCACCACCAGUGUCCAGAGUGAUGACCUCUUGCACAAGGACUGUAAGUUCCUGAUCCUGGAGAAGGACAACGUGCCCGCCAAGAAGGAGAUGGAACUGUUGAUCAUGAGCAAGGACAGCGGGAAGGUCUUCACUGCCUCCCCCGCCAGCAUCGCUUCAACUUCCUUUUCAGAAGACACCCUAAAAAAAGAAAAGCAAGCUGCCUACAAUGCUGACUCCCACCUAAAAGCUGAAGCUAAUGGAGACCUGAAGACUGUGUCCACUAAGGGCAAGGACACCUCUGCAGAAUUUCAUGGCUACGGCCACCACGGCGGCAGCGGCGGGGGCCCGUGGGUAGCGCCAGCCUGGUGCCCCUGCGGCUCCUGCUGCAGCUGGUGGAAGUGGCUGCUGGGCCUGCUGCUCACCUGGCUGCUGCUGCUGGGGCUGCUCUUCGGCCUCAUCGCUCUGGCGGAGGAGGUGAGGAGGCUGAAGGCCCGCGUGGACGAGCUGGAGUCGGCCCGGGGCGACGUGCUGUCCUUCCAGGAGAAGAUGGAGCGCAGCAGCAAGGACCGCCUGCAGGGCGCGGCGCCCGGCGCGGGCUGGGACCUGAGCAAAAGCGGGCUGAACGGCCACAGCCAGGAGGCCAUCUGGCUGUUCGUGCGCGACAAGCUCAUGACAGAGCAGCAGAACGGAAAUCUCCGAGGAAGCCCUGGCCCGAAAGGUGACAUGGGAAGUCAAGGCCCUAAAGGAGACCAAGGCCUCCCUGGGAUCCCAGGUGUCCCUGGACCCCUGGGCCGCCCAGGUCCAGAAGGACCAAAGGGACAGAAAGGCAGCGUGGGAGAUCCCGGCAUGGAAGGGCCCAUGGGCCAGAGAGGGCGAGAAGGCCCCAUGGGACCUCGCGGUGAACCAGGGCCUCCUGGGUUUGGAGAGAAAGGAGACAGAGGAGAUUCCGGGGAGCCGGGUCCUCCGGGCCCACCUGGUGUCCCAGGUUCCGUGGGUCCCAAAGGUUCCAGCGGCUCUCCUGGCCCACAGGGCCCCCCAGGUUCCAUGGGUCUCCAAGGGCUCCGAGGUGAAGUGGGACUCCCUGGUGUCAAAGGUGACAAAGGACCAAUGGGACCACCAGGACCCAAAGGUGACCAGGGAGAGAAGGGACCCCGAGGCCUCACAGGCCAGCCUGGCAUGAGAGGUCUGCCUGGUGCCGUGGGGGAGCCCGGGGCUAAAGGAGCGAUGGGUAAGUGUCCCAAAGGAACGGAUGCAGGGGGUCUCACUGGACCCCAGGGACCUCAGGGACUUCCUGGUUCUCCUGGCCGACCAGGGACUAAAGGUGAACCAGGAGCACCAGGCAGGAUCGUGACUUCAGAGGGGUCAUCAACGCUCACUGUCUCAGGCCCCCCGGGACCUCCUGGAGCCAUGGGACCCCCAGGACCUCCAGGUGCUCCAGGCCCUGUUGGCCCAGCUGGUCUCCCAGGACAGCAAGGCCCGCGCGGGGAGCGAGGACUUGCUGGCGAAUCGUUCCUGGCUAGUAGCAGCUCCAUCUCCGAGGUCCUCUCCGCCCAAGGUCUUGAUUUACGAGGUCCCCCAGGCCCACCUGGGCCACGUGGGCCACCAGGGCCUUCCAUCCCAGGCCCGCCAGGACCCCGAGGCCCACCAGGGGAAGGCUUGCCAGGCCCGCCGGGCCCUCCAGGAUCUUUCCUGGCUGAGUCAGGUAAUUGGAAUUCGUCCAUCUAUUCAUCUGUUCAUUCAUUCAUUCAUCCAUUCGUUUAUUUUUAUAUCCAGCCUCCCAACCAUCCAACCACCCAUCCAUCCACCCACUCACAAGUACUGAUUGAGCAUCUAUAUAGUGAGCCAAGUGCUGUGCUAGGUCCUACAUCCACACUCAAACUAUUUCUUUCCUCUGCAGAAACCGUCUUCUCUGGCCCCCCAGGCCCACCUGGCCCCCAGGGCCCCAAAGGGGACAAAGGUGAUCCCGGUGUCCCAGGAACUCCUGGCAUUCCUGGUGGUUCCGCUCAAGGAGGGUCAUCGAGCACCAUGUACAUGCAGGGCCCACCCGGCCCCCCAGGGCCCCCGGGGCCUCCAGGCGCCAUCAGCAGCUCUGGCCGGGAGAUUCAGCAGUACAUCUCUGAGUACAUGCAGAGUGACAGUAUCAGAUCUUACCUGUCUGGAGUUCAGGGUCCCCCAGGCCCGCCUGGUCCCCCAGGGCCUGUCACCACCAUCACAGGCGAGACUUUCAACUACGCGGAGCUGGCCAGCCAGGUCGUGAGCUACCUACAGACCUCGGGGUACAGCGUCAGCCGCUCCUCCGCCUCCAUCUCCUCCGAAGACAUCCUGGCCGUGCUGCAGCGGGAUGACGUGCGCCAAUACCUACGUCAGCAACUGAUGGGGGCCAGUGGGGACGGGGCCCUCCUGUCUUUGGACUAUGCAGAGCUGAGCAGCCGCAUUCUCAGCUACAUGUCAAGUUCUGGGAUCAGCAUCGGGCUCCCUGGCCCCCCCGGGCCCCCCGGUCCCCCUGGCCUGCCCGGAACGUCCUACGAGGAGCUCCUCUCCUUGCUCCGAGGGUCCGAAUACAGAGGCAUCGUUGGACCCCCAGGACCCCCAGGGCCCCCAGGGAUCCCUGGCAAUGUGUGGUCCAGCAUCAGCAUGGAGGACCUCUCAUCUUACUUGCAUACUGCCGGCUUGUCAUCCAUCCCAGGCCCUCCAGGCCCUCCUGGUCCCCCAGGUCCUCGAGGCCCCCAGGGUGUCUCGGGAGCUCUGGCAACCUAUGCGACUGAGAACAGUGACAGCUUCCGGAGUGAGCUGAUCAGCUACCUCACGAGUCCUGACGUGCGCAGCUUCAUUGUUGGCCCCCCAGGUCCCCCGGGGCCACAGGGACCACCUGGGGACAGUCGCCUCCUGUCCAUGGAUGACUCCUACCGGCGGACGAGCAGCUCCUCCUCACACAGCUCGUCCUCCAGCCGGGGCGGCUCCUACAGCUCUUCCAUGGGCCUGGGGGGAGCCGGCGGAGGCGCUCUGGGCGAAGGGGCAGCCUUUGGUGGGGCCGGAGAUGGAGGCUACGGGGCAGCGGCAGGUGGCAUGUAUGGUGGUGAAGGCGGGCCAUUCUCGGCUGGCUUCGCUGGAGGUCUGGAUUACAAUGAGCUGGCUGUUCGGGUGUCGGAGAGCUUGCAGCGUCAGGGCCUGCUGCAAGGCAUGGCCUACACUGUCCAGGGCCCACCAGGCCGGCCUGGGCCCCAGGGGCCACCUGGCAUCAGCAAGGUCUUCUCCGCUUACAGCAACGUGACCUCGGACCUCAUGGACUUCUUCCGAACUUAUGGAGCCAUUCCAGGACCCCCUGGGCAGAAGGGAGAGGUGGGCUCCCCAGGACCCAAAGGUGACAGGGGCCCUGCUGGACCACCAGGUCAUCCUGGCCCUCGAGGGCACAAGGGAGAAAAAGGAGACAAAGGUGACCAAGUCUAUGUUGGGCGGAGAAAGAGAAGUAUCGCCAUAAAGCCAUGAGCAAGCUUUGGUGGGACAAACCCCUGGACCAGUUCUCUCAAUGGAUAUGACACUUAGGUCAAAUGUCUCCAGAGGGUGAAAGCUGGAGUCUGUCAGUGUCCUACGGAGAUAGCAUAGCCAAAUAGUCACCUAGCAACACUUGUUUUAGUCUGAACAAAAUAUACGUAUAUAGAACUCAGUCAAAGACACACAAUCUGAAACAGCUUCAUUGAGUAGAUUUUAAGAAUAGUUGCAAUGUUUUUAGAAUGUGACUAGCUUCUCUUCUAUCUAGACCCGAGCUCCCUGGCUUCAGUAAUACUUAGUACAAGCCUCAACCUACGAGAGCCAGCUACAUAAAAGUUGGCUCAGGAGUCUUAGAGCUUUGCCUAAAUAUGAGCCCAGAAAAUGGAAGACGGGAAUGGGGUGCCUUCCUGGAGGUGACACUUGAUGGGGGUGUGUUCUGGCAACUGCUGCAAGGCUGUGCUGUCAGCUCCUUCCUCCCCUUUCCACUCUGCAUUCUCUGGUCACAGAAUCGAGUUGGCUAAGAAGUGACUCUUGGAACUGAAAAACUUAAGAAAUUCACUUCCCCUGUAGGAGGUGACAGGGUUUCUAAUGGUUAUCAUAUUCUAUAUGUAUAGCAUAUUCCCACUUGCUUAGAAGUCUGAUUGUAGCUAUGAUCUGUCCAUAGGUCCAUGCUAGAGUUCACAGAUACAUUAUACUGAACUAGGCUACAGCAAAUAGGAAAAGAAGGGUGAGGGGCAAUGGGCAAGGAAGGGGGAGGGGAAAGAAUACCUGAUGCUGGGGACAGAUGGCUUCAGCUUGAGAUGUCACCCUCUGUUCACCCUCUGUUCUGCACUUAGGAAAUGGCAUGGGGGACUGGGCGUGGUUGAUUUUUAAGCACUUUUCAAUGUCUAAAAACAUUUGUAGGUGGUCUAUAAGAUAAAGUCAUUUCAAUUGUAAAAUUUCCAAUUAAAGGUUUUUUCUUUUUUAA